GAGUGGAUUGUGUCUAUUUCUUUUAUUUAGAAGGGAUUUCCGACUCUGGGCUCCAACGUCCGGUGACCUCUGAAUGAGAGAAAAUGUCAGCUAUUUCUGACAAACAUUGGAAGAGGGAUGUGGAAGGAAUCUCUAGAGCACCGAAUCUGGAUAAAAGGGAAUUAAUUGAGCUGCUUGCAUUAUCCAGAAACCAGAAAAUUGCACAAGCAGGAGAGGAAAAUCAGAUCCUGGAUCUGUUGAUUCAGAAAGAUGGAGAAUUCCAAGAAAUAGUAAGAGUAGCAAUAGAACAAGGCAAGAUUCAAGAGGAAAUGCAUCUUCUGGAGAAAGAGGUCGAAAAAAGAGAUGGUGACAUCCAGCAGUUACAGAAACAGCUCAAAGAGGCUGAACACAUAUUAGCAACUGCUGUGUAUCAAGCCAAAGAGAAAUUAAAAUCGAUAGAGAAAGCAAGGAAAGGUGCCAUCUCAUCUGAAGAGCUUAUUAAAUAUGCACAUCGGAUAAGUGCUAGUAAUGCUGUAGCAGCCCCAUUGACAUGGGUUCCAGGUGACCCCCGGAGACCUUACCCUACUGAUCUGGAAAUGAGGAGUGGACUUUUGGGACAGCAAAGCAACCUUUCUACCAAUGGGGUGAAUGGACAUUUACCUGGGGAUGCAUUGGCUGCAGGCAGAUUACCAGAUGUACUUGCACCACAAUACCCAUGGCAGUCAAAUGACAUGUCUCUCAACCUAUUGCCUCCAAACCACAGCAAUGAUUUUAUGCUGGAGCCUCCUGGACAUAAUAAAGAGAAUGAAGAUGAUGUGGAAGUUAUGUCAACUGAUUCUUCGAGCAGUAGUAGUGACUCUGAUUGAUUGAAACCAAGAGAACAUGUCUUUUUCUGUUCAAUGUUUGGACUUCUAGCGUUGGAAAUUCAUUUCUUUCCACUGCUCUUCUCCUUUCCGCCCAAUACUGUUGAUGCUGAUCUGGUAGGAACACAUCAAGAAAGUGAACUUCGAUGAACAUGGGUAAAACUUCAACACAGGAAAAUUUUCUUUUUUUAAGCUCAUUGUCCAAUGUGAAUAUCCUUGAUUGUAUUUUAAUAGAUGGUGAUAAUACCAAAUAAUAGGAAACCAGGUAUGAAAGUCUGCAGAAUAAACACAGAAACCCAAA